AUGGAGAUUGACGAACCGGCUAUCCCCCUUCCCUCAGCGACAACAACAGUUCUUUCUACAGGGAUCACCUUGCAACCUCCGCUAUCUCGUCGCGGGCAUGGCCCGGGGCUUAUCGUCGUUGUUCCUGGUGGUUUCGAACUCGCUGAGGAUCACAUAACUUUGGACCCUGCUCCACAGCAGAAAUGGGCUGAAGAGGGCUACGCAGUGGCACAAAUCGAACUUUCAACCAAGCUUGAUGAGCUCUCUCUCAAGGACGCAAUUAGGACUGCAGCAAAUGGACUCACUGCUCUGAGCGAGUGUGAGACUGAGAAUGGGUUCGGACUAAUAUUGUACGAUUCAAGCGUCAUAGUCCUGGAUGGCAACCUUGAUCAUGUCGCUUUAAGCCUCUUACUUCAGUCAGUCACAAUCAGAGCCAUUGUCACUUACGGCCCCUUCCUCCCCCUGAGCAUAUCGCAGCUCGUUCAUCUCCCAGGUCCAGGUGCGCAAGACUCCACGGAGCCGAAUGUGAAAAUCCACAAGUACCCGGAAACAAGCUCCCCAUAUUUUAUUAUCCCGAAGCACAGGGAUUUUAUUGCUUCUUCAGCUGCGGUUGCACAUACGCGCACACUGACAUUUCUUAAAUCCAAACUGGGAGGUCCAGUCUUCGAUCUAGAGGCAAUAUGGGAUGAACAUACAUAUUUUGAGUUUGGGGAUCGUUCAGUAGCCAGGACAAUGGGAACGAUGGUCCAAGAGCCGUAUGUGAAUCAUAUUCCAACGAUGACUGGUGGUAUAGGGCGGGAGCGCCUCACUAACUUUUAUCGCUAUCAUUUCAUCUGGAACAACCCCAAGGAUACACGGCUGGACCUUGUCAGCCGCACAGUUGGCAUUGAUCGCGUCAUCGACGAGUUCAUCUUCUGCUUCACCCACGAUGAAGUAAUUGACUGGCUUGCCCCUGGCAUCCCUCCAACUGGUCAAGCUGUCCGGCUACCUAUGGUUUCUGUGGUGAACAUUCGCGGGGACAAGCUCUACCAUGAGCAUAUUUGGUGGGAUCAGGCUUGCCUUCUCCGUCAGCUAGGACUAUUACCAGAUUAUUUACCUUUUCCUUAUGCGUUGCCGAAUGGCAAUGUGCCAGCAGAAGGCAAGCGAUUCGAAUAUAGGCUCCCAGUGUCGGGCAUCGAGUGUUCUGAGAAACUAGCAGACGAGAAUAGCAUCGAGUCAAAUGGAAUGUUUGGCUACAAGGUGAGAGAAGUGGAAACCUUUUGCUCCAAGGGAACCUACUGCACCGACGGCGGAUGUUGCCCGAACAACAUGAAGCUUGAGGAGUGCAAGGCUGCGCAGACCUACACUGUUAUCUCCCAGACGCCCACCCCGUCUGCAAAGCCCACCACCGUAUUAACAACCCGGGUUACCAGAACUAGCACUCUUGUUCUAACGGAUACCGUUGUCCUCCCCCCAUCGUCCCCCACUCCGCCGUCGAACACCACCGUCAUCCGCUCCACGGGUACUGGCACGGGCACUGGUACUUCCUGGCCCCGCCCAACCGGUGGAUGGAACGCGACAAUGACCACGCCCGGUAUGCCGCCGCAGCAGACCACUAACACUGCAGCUCGCGUUCAGGGCGUUGCAGCUGCGCUUGGUCUGAGCAUCGUUGUGGCGUUAGCUGGUACUCUGUGA